UUCACUCAGGAACUCGAGCAAGUAAAAUGGACUUAUUAUGGGACGAUGCUUAUUUUGAGAAGAAAACUAUACACUAGACAACUAGAUUGCGCGCGAACACAAACAGGUUUUGCCUGUGCGUGUGUAUGUGUGUGCGGCUGUCUGUGUUUGAGAGAAAGAGAGAGAGAGAUGUGCGUGUGUGUGUGUGUGUGUGUAUUUUCUUCAACUGGAGCGAAAGUUAAAGCGUCUGUCGUUCGUCAUGACGCUGUUACAUCGAUGAAGGGAUUUUUCAUAGGAAACAAACUGCACUUUAGAUAGGUGUAAACAUGGCCCAUCGUUCCCAGUGUUCCUCUGCCGGGGACAAUCCCCUCGACCCAAACUACCUGCCCCCUCAUUACCGUGAGGAAUAUCGCUUGGCCAUUGAUGCCCUGGUUGAUGCUGACUUAGAAGGCUACUAUGGGUUUCUUCAGCAAGCAAACGUGGUUGAUUUCUUGUCCCAAACAGAGAUUGAGUAUAUCAAAUGCACAAUACGGGCUCCUAAUCAGACUGCCCAGCCAGAGAGGAGAUACAUGGCUGAAGAUCCAGAUGGCUCUUCUGGCACUUACUGGCCAGUACAUUCAGACCAUGAUGCUCCGAGUUUGGACUUAGGCUGGCCACAACAGUUCCGAUUUGUUGGACCUACUGAGGUCACUACAUUGGUGAACCCAUCUGACCCUGAGAUGCCCAGUAUCAAGGAGCAAGUUCGUAGAAUGAUCAAGAAUGCACAACAAGUUAUUGCUGUGGUAAUGGAUAUGUUUACAGAUGUCGACAUCUUUGCUGAUAUCCUUGGUGCAGCAGCACGUGGUGUGGCUGUCUAUGUUCUUCUUGAUGAACUAAAUGCUCACCAUUUUGUUGCAAUGGUGAACAACUGUAGGGUUAAUCUGGAGGAGAUAAAAUGUAUGCGGGUUAGAACCGUCUCUGGUAGUACCUAUUUCUGCCGCACAGGAAAGACUUUCAAAGGUCAAGUGAUGGAUCGCUUUAUACUUGUUGACUGCCGAGCUGUUUUAAGUGGCAACUAUAGCUUCAUGUGGUCUUUUGAGAAGAUACAUCGCUGUCUAGCUCAUCUGUUUCUGGGACAGCUUGUGUCCACCUUUGAUGAAGAGUUUCGGAUUCUGUUUGCCCAUUCGGAGCCACUAGAUGUUGAAAAUGUUUUGGCCAAUAUGCCACACUACAGUAGUGAACCUGAAAACUACUACAACACAGAGAAGACCGCCAUGUUUAACAGACAAUAUCCAACUGUUGGCAUGGACUGGCCUGAAUGUACUCCAGCUGUUCACAUGAAUGUGGGUCCCAAGAUGUUACCCUAUAGAAGUGAAUCCAUGCACAGUGCACCAGUGGCAAUGCCUGCUCCCCAACAAUAUAGAGGAGAUCAUCAAUUCAUAGAGCAUGGAAGGCCAAAUAGAGGACCAACUGAAAUGGUUGGAUACAAAAGGCAUAGCUAUGGAAAUCUCCCUGAUUUUGAAUAUAUGUCCCCUCAAAACCAUCCAAUGAGAGGAAAUCAGUACAUGGAGGAAGCAAUGUCCCAUGGUGGUCACUUUGCAAGAGAGCCACAUAUUUACCAGGGAACUGGAUUACAAACUAGUUAUGACAUGUAUGGGAAGUUUAGAGGCCAAGGCCACCAUGUUGAUCCGUUAUCAGGCUCUGGCUAUCCUCCUGAGGUAGAUGAAGCUGAACCAACUGGAGGUUAUGAUCAUGUUCAAAGAUAUCUCCAGUCUCACUCUGAAAUAGAGGAAGGUUAUGCUCCAAAACAUCUAUUGCCACAUGUGCAGUCUGGCCUUAAGAGACAUAGCAUGGGAUAUUCUUAUAAAUGUCAGACCUCCCCAACUCAACCGAACCAGCCAGAACAGAAACGUUUCUUAAACGUAAACCGCAAACCACAGGAUCUGAGUCAAAAGCAAGGCAUGCGGGAUUGGAGGAUUAGCUCAUACCUUAGUACAUGUGAGGAUGCUGGAGAUUUGGAUGUUACUGAACUUGAAGGAUCAAGUGAUGAGGUUCCAUGUUUUACACAGGAAGUUCCUUGUGGCCCUAUACGUCCUGAAAUUAGACCAGGAAAUCGAGAGUUAAACAGGAUACCUUCACUAAGGGAAAAUCUGAUACCUGUGCAGAUACAGAAUGAUUCUGUUGUACCGGUUAGUUCAGUUAACCAUCCAACCGACUUAUCACAAAUCAAUUUCAAAUCAACACCAACAUCGACCUCAGAGUCUUCUUGCACCACUGAGGGUGACAAAGCAGAGGAGAUGCAGAAUAGAGAACCCAAAGAGACUAACCGGAUUAGUGAAGAGUUCCUCAAGAGAAAACCCAGCAGACCUGUUCAGAGGAGUUCCAGACUGAGACACUCGUUGAUAUUCAGUUCAAAUUUAGAGUUGAAUACACAAGAAGAGAUGAAAGAUACAGCAGGAGAAAUAGAUGGGGAUGAAGCUUCAAAACUGUCAGCUCGUGUGUCACAUAUUUUGGAUAAGAGGAGGACUGGUUCUCCAUUUCAGCCAUUUCAGUGGAGCAAUUUUACUAAGUCAGCCACAUUUGAUAACUCUGCCACAGAGUCUGCAGAACCUGAGGAUGAACUAAGCAAAACAAGUGAAAAAUCGGAUUUGGAAAACCCACAAAAUCUUCAAAAGAAACCAAUAGAGGGUGCUCAGGAAGAAAAAGACCUGCCUCAAACCACAGUGCCUGAAGGAAAUAGCAAAAGGAUGGAAUCUCCAUCAAAUGCAUUGCAAAAAUCAUCAUCUCUCAUAGAUAUGAAUGACCCGGACUGUAGACUGAGAUAUUUCAAAGAGUUGGCAGCCAAACGCAAACUUUCAGCAGCAAAGUCUUCUCAGAACAAUCCAGUGAAAGCCACCCAAAAAUUUGCUCUACCAGAGAAACCUGCAAGUAAUGACACAGAUAAAAAAGCUGUUUUCAAAACUCCAGACACUUCACUUAAAUCAAAAACGACAGCUGUUGCAGCAGAAAUCAAAGAGACAUAUAAAGAUCCCAAAUGUGAAGAAUCAGGUAAAGACAUUCUUCAAAGAGCUACAGAUGCUGAAAAAAUUAGAUUUAAGAAAAAACUUGCAGAAGAGUCUGGUUCAACUUGCUCUGGCUCAAAAAAUUUUUUCCAAGAAAUCAGAGAUUCAGCUCUAAAACCUGUUGAGGAGGCCAAAACGGUGUCUACAGUUAAAAAUCAAACCACUUCCUCUCAAAAUCAAGUGAGUUCUGUUGCAUUCAAUCCUGCCUCAACACAUUCUGCCCCCACUCAGCAUCACAUUGACAAAGAAACAAAACCCUGUCAUGGUGUUCUGGAAGAGGGUGGUCUGCCUGUAAAGUUACCACAGACAAAAUCAAUGUCAACAAAAAGCACCACUCCAAAUAAGGACUGUCUAUCUGCAAAUGACUCCCAAACUCUUGAACAGAGCUCACUCUGUAUUUCUAGCACAUGCUCAAAUAAUGUAUCUCUGGAUUCUAGCUCAGCAUCAAACCUUGCAAUUGCAGAUAACUGCAUACCCUCAAAAUCUGACCACAGAGUUACAAGUCCUUUCACAGUACUUUCUACAACUGAAGUUAGUUCUGCCCAAGACGUCGCUCCAACAAAUGUAGGCUCCUCUCAAAGCCUAAAUGAUACUGAAAUAAAUAAAAACACUUCUCAACAACAUAUUUCAAAGCAAACUCAGCUCGUAAUUAUAGAAGAUGAACCUUUCCAAAAAUCUAUAUCAUUGAAAACAGGCUCCUCCCAACCCCCUCUUGCCCUAAAGCCUACUGCAUUGAGUGAAGGCUCAGCUAAGCUCACUAUUUCUACAGAAAUUAAAACCUCACAAAAUGUCCCCAUCACAACAAAAACAACUGACUCUGUACAGCAUCCAGCAUCAGAAAAGGGUGAAUUAUCACUAACCUCCUCUACAAUUAAAACAUCUUCUCAACAGCCAGUGACAGAGGAGUACUCUUUUCAAUCUCCUGCUAAAACUGGGACUGAGGCACAAAGUAAAACCACCAAACCAACCACUGCAGUGGGGACAGAUACCUCUGCAGUGAGAACCAGCAUUAAACCAUCUCAACAUUGCACUGCUUCUGACUCUGCUGUACUGUGGAAAAACUCUUCUGAACAACCCACCUCAGGUGAGAUGGACUCUAUUGAGUCUUCCACUUCAGAAUUUCCCCUACAACACACUGCAAAAGAGAGUGAACUUUCUCUGGAUCCUACCACAGCAGAUACAAAAUCUUCCAUACAGCAAAAUCCAUCUGCUUCAGCCUCUUCACAACAUCUGAAUGCAACUAAGACAGACUCGUCUCAAAACCCCACUGCAUCAAUCACAGACUCUUCCCAGCAACCCACUGCAACAGCCACAGACUCUUUUCAGCACUCCACUGCCAGUUCCAGCCAGUCCACUGCAAAAGUCACAGAAUCUUCUCAGAACUCUACUGUAACAGGCACAGAUUCCUCCCAGCAACCAUCUUCAACUGAGGCAGAUUCUGCACAGCUGCCUAUUGUAGCAGAGGUAGACUCUUCCCAACAGAUUCUGCAUGCUACAACAGAAACAGACCAAUCCCAGCAGUAUACUGCACCAAUCACAGACUCCUCUAAGCAGCUCACCGCCGAGGUCACAAAGUCUUUCCAGCAGCCUCCUCCAAAAGACGCACAUGCUUUACAGGAGGCUGCUUCAAAAGUGGUAGACUCUUCCCAGAAGCCUGCUGAAACAGAAGUAGACAAUACCCUGAAAUUUACAACACCAUACACAGUUUCUUCCCAGAAGCCCAGUGCAACACAGAAUGUUUCUUCAGUUCUGUCCGUUGCAACUGAGAUUGACUCAUUCCAUCAGCCUGCUGCAAGAGAGACAGACUGCUUCCAGCAUCCCAGUCUAACAGAGGCCCACUUUCCCCAGCAACCCUCUAUGACUGAAACAGACUCUCUCCAGAAACCCCCUGAAACAGUCACAGAUUCUUGCCAGCACCCUGCUCCACCAGGGACAAACACUUCUCCGCAACCUGCGUCAUCUGAGAGAGACUCUUCAGAGCAACUGUCUGUCACUGCUGGAGUGGUAAAACAAACCACUCCAACAUUCACAGACACGUCCCAGCAGACACCUAAAUCAGAGACAUACUUUUCCCAGAAAACACUUCCAAUAGACAGAGACAACUCCCAGCACCCCACUGCAAAGCAGAUGCAGUCCACACAGCAACACACUGCACAAGACAGCGACUCCUCCCAUCAGUCCACUCCUGUAGAAGCAGAUUCUUCCCAGCAGCCCACUAUAAUAGAAGCAAGCUCUACACAGCAGACUACUUUAUAUGAAGCAAACUCUUCCCCGCAGACCAUUGCAACUGAAACAGACUCUUCCCAACAGACCACUAUCAUAAAAGCAAACUCUUCGCAGCAGACCACUGCAACUGAAACAGAUUCUUCCCAACAGACCACUAUCAUAAAAGCAAACUCUUCGCAGCAGACCACUGCAACUGAAACAGAUUCUUCCCAACAGACCACUGUAAUAGAAGCAGACUCUUCCCAGCAGACCACUCUAAUAGAUGCAAGCUCUACACAGCAGACCACUUUAAUUGAAGCAAACUCUUCCCCGCAGACCAUUGCAACUGAAACAGACUCUUCCCAACAGACCACUGUAAUGGAAGAAAACCUUUUCCAGCAGACCACUGCAACUGAAACAGACUCUUCCCAACAGACCACUGUAAUAGAAGCAGACUCGUCCCAGCAGUCUACUUUAAUAGAAGCAGACUCCAAGCAACCCACUGCAACUGAAACAAAGUCUUCCCAUCAGUCCACUCCAGUAGAAGUAGAGUCUCCCCAAUACCCCAGUGCAACAGAUACAUACUCUUCCCAGCAGACCACUGCAACUGAAACAAAGUCUUCCCAUCAGUCUGCUCCAGUAGAACCAGACUCUUCCCAGCCGACCACUGCAACUGAAACAAUGUCUUCUCAGCAGAUUACUCUAGUAGAAUCAGACGCUUCCCAGCAGACCACUGCAAUGGAGACAAUCUCUUCCCAGCAGACCACUCUAGUAGAAGCAGAUUCUUCCCAGCAGUUCACUGCAACAGAGACAGUUUUUUCCCAGCAGACCACUCCAAUAGAAGCAGACUCUAUUUCAGAAGAAAUAGGCUUGUCUGAAAGAUCCACUGCAACAGAAACCGACUCUACCCAGCAGACCAAUCUAAUACAAACAAACCCUUCCCAGCAGACUACUGCAACAGAAACAGAUUCUUCCCAACAGACCUCUCUAACCGAUAUAGACUCUUUACAGCAGACCAUUUUAACAGAAGCAAACUCUUCCCUGAAGCCGACUGCCACUACCACAGACUCCUUCCAGCAGCCUGUAGCAGUAGAGGUUGACCAAACCAUGCAGCUCAAUGUAACAGAACAAGUAUCUUUUCUAAAUAUUUCUAAAAUUGGAGAAGAUACUUCCAAACAUCCUAUUGAAACAGAAAACAAUUCCCAUCAAAUCAUCACUGCAACAAGUUCUGACUGUGCAGAUGAGAAAAAAGACAUUAUUGUAUCUAAAGACUUGAGCAAAGCAUUACCCAUUUCACUUGUCAGUACUGGUGACGUAGAUGUGAGCUCUACCCAGCCUCAAGUUUUACCAGAGCCUUGCCUUUCCUCAACUAAAAUUACAUCAAAUCAAGAUAGCACAGAAAUCCAAGCUAACAUAUCAUCAAAUUCUAUGGAAUCUAGCUGUCCAAAUGACCCAAAACCUGAGAAAACUGAUGAAUGCCAGAAGAAUGAAUCCAUUACAGUACAACCACAGAAGAAUGACACCUCGGCUAUAGUUCCAGAGAAUGAGAUACCUCACACAGAGGUUUCUACAGUCAUAGGCCCUAAUAAGGUUGAUGAAAUCAAACAAACAUCUUUAGAAAAAGAAAACUCUGUCUCUGACAUUUCAGAAGUGUCAGAAAAGUCCAAUUUGACUGUAACCCAUGAUUCAGAAAAUAAGUCUACUGUUGCAGACAGUCCAAAAUUGAUUUUGUCUGCCCAUCAGUCAUCUACAGCGAAUGUUAUCUCAUGCAGCAACCUUAGAGAUGACACUAAAGUUCUUUUAGAGCAAAUUUCAGCAAAGAACCAAAGCAGAUCCACCCAGUCCAAACAGACUCUUUCUUCACCCAAUGAAGCUAAAGAGGGUGAGGUUAAAUCUGCAUAUAAAUCACUCUCAAAAUAUUCGGGAAGGCCCUGGUCCGAAAAGGCUACAGCAGAAGAACGGGAGAUGUUGCUACAGAGGAUGGAUCAAAUGCGGAAAGAGAGGAAGGUCUACAGCCGUUUUGAGGCUUCAUGAAUUUAACUUUUUGGAAAAGUGACUGCAGGAGUAGACUGUAAAAAGGAAACAAUAUUUCCUAAUUUUGCUCUUUCCUCCAAUCUUACCUCAUAACUAUGAACCUGCACAAGCUUGGGAUAAAGUGUCUCAUAAUGUCUGAUUAUACAAAGAGUGCUGCCUAUGCUGAGAUAGUGAAAAUCCCUGAAAGACUUACAAGGCUAAGCAGAUGAACUGUGUGCCAAAAGAAACAGGAACACAACCCUUACCAGAUGGAAUAAGCUUUCGAUCGGGCAGGAUAUUACUUAUUGUGUAUGUAUAUAGCUGUGAAACACAUUUCUGAAUCUUUCGUAAUUAUCAGGAUAUCUGUCCAGAAAUUGGGAGUUGGUAGAUAUAUGGUAAAAAAAGUGUUGUUUACCAAACAAAGAGGUACAGUAACUAAAAAGUGAACUUGCUGGUUACAAAGCAUGUGAGCAAUGCAACCCAGGCUCAUUCUGGUUACGCACCCCACUAUACAAUUCUGGAGAGAGCGAAAUACGUCCCAGGAGCUACAUUUUUUGCAGUUUUUGUUUUCGCGAAUCCACCAGAGGUCGCUGUGUAUGCUUUUUCACAUUUUAAAUUUGCUAUUCAGAUCAGUGCUAUUUACGCCUGCUGUUCUCACAUAAAUCCACUAGAGGCCGCUGUCGACUGACUAUUCACUGACUGAAUGUCUGAUCGACUGACCCAUUCUUCCCCUACCCUAAACCCAACCAAAGUUUUAACCGCGGUGUUUAAAAAAGCAGUCCAGAACAAGGAAAGCUCUCACCUGAUUUUUACACAUUUUAAGAUUCUCACCCUGUUAUUUACUUGUUUAUUUGAUUUUUUAGCUUUUGUUUUUGUCUUACCUGUUUUCUGGAACCGUUCUUUACCGAAUUCGAACCCCGUUUUUCACGGUCAACUCUGAUCUGCGUCUCAAGUCCAUACAUGUCGAGCUACUGGACAAACUGGUAACAAAGGGAAAGCCGUUCAUACGGAGAUAAGCGGUCAGCUGGUAAGCGAGACAAGGAACAGUAUAAUACCUCCCUGUACCAUUUGUAAUAAAGAUAAAAUGCAGCCAUAUGUAGCUCUGCCGAUCUCCAGGAACAUAUAUAGGGCUAUGUUUUCAGAAUGAGCCUAUGUUGGAGCAAUGUGGACCGGUGGUGAAUAUGUGAAACUGCAAGGAGUAAAUUGUUUUGGAAUUCUUGAAGACCAUAUAAUGUUCCAGCAUGCUAACAAGUUAUUUCUUCAGUGUCAAUAUAGCUACAAUAGAAACAUAUCUCUAAAAAUUUUACUUUUUAUUAUUAAAAUGUAAUUAUAUUAUAAAAUGUAAUAUAAUUAUUAAAUGUAAUUAUUUUUUGCCCAAGUGUUUGUAAUAUUUUUAAAGCAGAUCAUAAUAGCAGAUCAGAUCUGGGCACACUUUUUUUUUUUUUUUUUUUUGUGUAGUCAACUUAAAGCAAUGAGAGAACAGCAGAAAAUAUGGAACAAACCAAGUAUGACUAGAGGAAGCUUUGGACAAGGAAAGGGAAAUGAAUCAAUCACAAAUGCAGAAAACAGGAAAGAACGUUCCUCUAGAUGUUUAUCCAUCAGUAGAUUGUUAUAUAUAUAUAUAUAUAUAUAUAUAUAUAUAUAUAUAUAUAUAUAUAUA